UGCCAUUCCUGCGCCUUGCAUUUGUUCUCCAGUUCUCUCCAACUGUAACAUCUGGGUUGCGGGCCGGUGCAGUGGCUCACGCCUGUAAUCCCAACACUUUGGGAGGCCGAGGUCGAGGAUUCCACUCAAGACCAUGGUUAACUGGAAGCAGUUCUGGCCUCAGAUUCAAAAGCAUGAAGAGGUGGAAUGGGAAUUCCAGCCCUCAUCUUCCAUAGAAUCAUCGAUUUAAUGAUGACAUAUGGACAAAAACACCUUUAUGAAAAGUCCAGAAUCCAGUUAAGAAGUUGUGGUAACCCAGAUGAGCACAAACCAAAGAACAGCUGCAUUGAAACAGAUUUUUGGCUGAGAAAGACUUGAGAGCUAAGGUUCUGUGAUCCAGAACAGACUUACUCUUUCGGAAAUGAAGAGGGCCCUCCCUGUGCUUAUUUUUCCAGGAUUGAAAAUUGAAUCAGGGACUCGUUGUUGAGAAGAGAACAGUGAGCAGAAUCACAUUGACCUGGUCCUGGAAUUUGUCUGACAAUUUCUGGUUGACUGCAGGAGGUCUGAAGACUGGAAGGGACCCCACUCAAUUGUGCUAUUUCUCUCUCUCUCUCUUUUUUUUCUUUUGAGACGGAGUCGCCCAGGCUGGAGGUCAGUGGUGCGAUCUCAGCUAACUGCAACCUCUGCCUCCUGGGUUCAAGCAGUUCUCUGCCUCAGCCUCCCAAGUAACUGGUAUUACAGGUGCCUGCCACCACUCCUGGCUAAUUUUUGUAUUUUCAGUAGAGACGGGGUUUCACCAUCUUGGCCAGGCUGAUCUUGAACUCCUGACCUUGUGAUCCACCAGCCUCAGCCUCCUAAAGUGCUGGGAUUACAGACGUGAGCCACCGCGCCCGGCCAAUUGUGCUAUUUCUCUACAGGACAAAAGGAUAUAUAAUCUGCAACAUGCCCUCCAUGUUUGAACGCAUUAGCAAAAAUUUGAUCAAAGAGAUUGGAAGCAAAGACCUGACACCUGUCAAAUACCUACUGAGUGCCACCAAAUUACGUCAGUUUGUUAUAUUACGAAAGAAGAAGGAUUCUCGUUCAUCUAUUUGGGGACAAUCUGACUAUAUUCCAGUUGAAUUCUCCCUCAAUGAUAUCCUGGAGCCAAGUUCUUCAGUCCCAGAAACUGUUGUGACAGGACCGUUCCACUUCAGUGACAUUGUGAUCCAGAAGCAUAAGGCUGAUGUGAGUGUGAAUGUUGGUGUAGAAGUGAGUGUGUCAGGGGAGACCUCUGUGGACCAUGGAUGCUCCCUUGAGUUUCAAAUUGUUACCAUCCCAUCUCCAAACCUGGAAGACUUUCAAAAAAGGAAACUGUUGGAUCCAGAGCCAUCAUUUCUGAAGGAGUGCCGGAGGAGAGGGGACAACCUGUAUGUGGUGACAGAAGCUAUUGAACUGAUCAACAAUACUGUGCUGUACAAUAGCAGUGGUGUGAAUAUUUUAGGGAGAAUUUCUUUUUGGAUUACCUAUGGCAAGGGUCAAGGCCAAGGAGAGAGUCUCAGAGUGAAGAAGAAGGUGCUGACUCUGCAGAAGGGCAUGGUGAUGGCUUAUAAGAGAAAACAGCUGGUUAUCAGGGAGAAAGCCAUUCUCAUCUCAGAUGAUGAUGAACAGAGAACCUUUCAAGAUGAGUCCAAAAUUUCUGAGAGGGUAUUCUACUGUGCUGCGAGGAGUGAGGAGUGGCUACCAUCAUUUCAUACUAUCUCUCCAACCCUCUUCAAUGCCUCGCCCAAAGAUAUGAAGUUAAAACCAGAGCUAUUUCUGAAACCGAAAUUUUUGAGAGGGCAUUUGCCAAAAUAUGAACAAGUUUGCAUUCUCCCAGUAGGAAGAAUAGAGGAACCCUUCUGGCAAAAUUUCAAGCAUCUACAAGAGGAGGUUUUCCAGAAAAUAAAGACACUGUCUCAGCUCUCAAAGGAUGUUCAGGAUGUCGUGUUCUAUAGUAUCCUGGCCAUGCUCGGAGACAGAGGGGCUCUACAGGACCUGAUGGACAUGCUGGAAUUGGACAGCCCAGGUCAUUUGGAUGGCCCUGGUGGUGCCAUCCUAAAGAAACUCCAACAGGAGUCAAACCGUGCAUGGUUUAACCCAAAGGACCCCAUUCUUUAUCUCCUUGAAGCCAUAAUGGUGCUGAGUGACAUCCAACACGAUUUGCUGGCCUGUUCUGUGGAGAAGAGGAUCCUGCUUCAGCAACAGGAGCUGGUAAGGAGCAUCCUGGAGCCGAACUUCAGAUACCCCUGGAGCAUUCCCUUCACCCUCAAACCCGAGCUCCUUGCCCCACUCCAGAGUGAGGGUUUGGCCAUCACCUAUGGCCUGCUGGAGGAGUGCGGCCUGAGGAUGGAGCUGUAUAACCCCAGGUCAACCUGGGAUCUAGAAGCAAAGAUGCCCCUGUCUGCCCUCUAUGGGACUCUCUCAUUGCUACAGCAGCUGGCUGAGGCCUAAGCCCUCCCUCAUGGGCAGUCAGUCCAGAGAUACUGGCCCUUGCCCAGUCUAUGCUGUGAGUGUCCUUAUGGGUGCAAGAGAGAGGGCUGUGCCUCUCUGCAUUUCCAGGUGGAGUAGAGACAGCAAUGGGUAGAGACUUUAGGAAAUGUUUUGGGGUGGUGGAAUACUCUAUAUAUUGACAAGAGUUUAUAUAUUUGUCAAAACGCCUCAAAUAGUAUGUUAAAGACGUAAGCAUUUCACUAUGUAUAAGUUUUACUUCAAAAUAAUAAAAACAAAUACUGACACUA